AUGCUCAAGUAUCUAACGCACAAGCUUCGCACACAAUCAAUCAACGAUGAGAACCACGGCGAUGAGAAGAUUGACGGGCACGACUCGGGCACCGAGUCCGACGGUGACCUGGAGCAGGACGACCUGAUACCGGAGGAACACGAGAUGGAGCUAAGUUUAAGCUCCCGCCAGGAUACGGCCUCUCCGACCGAUACGGCAUGCUCCUCCGAAUCGCCCGCAUUCUUGGGGCCCUCGUCGAUUCACCUGCUGCUGUACGAUCAGAACAGCUCCGAGGAAGAGCUGGAAGUGAUCAACGGUGCCGCAGGUGACGUCGGAAGCUGUAACAUCGCGCAAGUGAGUGGAGCAAGUGCCGGCGAUCAGCUGCCAGGUGGCGGCGAUGAGGAGGACGAAGAUGACGAUGCCACCGAAGAGAUCGCUGAGGAGGAGGACGAGGACGACAAGGAUUACGUGUCGCCAGUGGUGGGUGGUCCAACGACGAUGACGACGAUGACGCCAACGACAAUCAUCGGUAGUGCCGCCGGUGGUCCGAUGGACACGGGCGGGCGCGGUCAGUUUGUGUCACUUGCCGGUGUGGCCGGUGCGAGCGAUGUGAGUUUGGAGGACGUGUUCGCCGAAGAUGGAGCCGAGUCGCUGGACGAGUAUGCCAACGAGCUGUGCUUGGCCUCCAAUCCGCCUCACACUCAAACACUCAGCGGUGCCGCUUCUAACGCAUCCGCUGGUGACAAGCGCUUCAACAGCAGUCUGUUGGAGAAACGCAAACGAUCUCUGGCCCAAAACUCGGACGAUGAGGUUCGCUACCUUUUAGAGCAGCAACAGCAAGCAACGCUGCCGACACAUCCGCAGCAGCACUCUCUUCCGGCUCAUCAUCAUCACCAUCAUCAUCAUUCGAUGCGCCAGUCAGCAAAGCAACAGCACCUGCAUCAGGAGCACCUGCACCACCCGGAGGAGGCGCUUCUGUCGGCGCCAGUCAACUUCCGUACGUCUCCCCCUUUAGAAGCUUUAAAACCACACCGUGGCCAUAUUUUACAACGCUCGACGACUCCACUGAUACUCACCGAGGGUGGUGGCGCCUGUGUGGGGCCGCCGGGAGCCACCGACGUAGGGGGAGUUCUUUCGUACGGCGGCGGCGGACUGCUCGGGUCCGGAUCGAGAUCGUCGCUGUCCUCGCUCGGUGGAGGCUGUGUGGGCAGUGCGGGUUCCGGCAGUGGAUUCUACGGACCCGGGCUCGUGGGUGGUGGUACAGGCGGUCUUCGAUUCACUCUCGGCCGUCGCCCCAUUGGCUGUGAUAGUCCUCUGACUGCUGUGAGCCAUCGCAACAGCACCAAUCAAUACGGUGGUGGCAGCAACAGCCUAGGAUCCGGUCUUAGUACAACAACCAGAACAACAACCAGAGCGUCAUCAUCAUCAUCGUCGUCGUCGUCGCUCUCAUCCACGUCCUCGCUGGCGAUCAGUGGUGGAGGCCGUGGCGGCGGUAGUCCGGGAUCGGUAGAUCCGUGCCCCCUAGCAGCAGUAGCAGUAGAGCAGCAGCAGCAGCGGUCCAGUGGCGGAAGCGCCUCGGUAGUAACCAAUAUGGACGUCAGCCGGUCCGUUAGUCCUCCGGCGAAAAUGUUUCACUGUGCGGUUUCUCCCCGGCGCCGCCAGCCUCGCCACCAGCAGCAGCGCUUGCAGCGGCCCCACAGGCCCUGUUUAGACUUCGAUAAAAUGCAGCAGCUGAAGGCACGCUCGGUAACCACUUGGCGACACAGUAACGAGCACUCGGGCGAGCUGUCCGUCUUUUGCUGGUGAUGAUGAAUGAACAGUUGCCACCGGUGGUGGCCGCCGCUACUCGUUCGACGUGUUGCCCUCGGUGUCGCGACCAACGCCAGCACGACGGUUGGUGGUUCGUUCGAAAUGGCUGUGGUGUGAUUGAUUUCCAGCCGGGGCUCGAUCGAUGGUUUCGAUCGAGAUUUGUGAUUUUUCCGGAAGCAAGAAGACAUACACAGUACAAGAAGGAGGAACAGUUUGUUUACGGUGCGAUCUUUAGAAGUGAUCGCGUGCAGGGCCCCUACCAAGCACAAGCUCGAUCGAUAGACAGAUGAGCACAAAUGGAACGGAGAUAUUGGGAUGGGCUCUAUCUGACCUCCGAUCGAUCGACACACGACACACGCGCUUGUCUUUGGGUUGGCAACACUACUAAUGGUGGUAGCGAUCGGUCACAACUUGACGUACGUACGCACAGCAUCAUGAAGGCAGCACAACGACGCCGGGCUGCUGUUUGUUUGACUAUUGCGCCGCCCCCCGUUUCGUUUUCGUAAACAAACAGACGCACGUGGCCGCGCCAUAAUUAGGUUUUUUCAAUUCACUGUGUGUUUGUGUGUUUCGUUAUUCGUUUUAAUACUACUCGUAAUAACAUUUUCAAAGCAAUUUUGUGAUUUUAAUCGUUAGCAAAUGUGUAUUAAGUUUGAUUGUGUUUACUUUCCAACCUUCUCAUUACUACUCGGCCCCCUCCGAGUUCACUUCGAACUUCGGAUACGGAGAGUUUCCGGGAACGUUCCCGUGGGUUGGGCUGUUGAAGGGCGCAGAACUGAACCGAACGGCGAUAUGACGGUAGAGGAAACGCGAUCUUUUCCGGGCUAGUUCUACUCAGGGACACACAUACAACAACGCACACAUGCAGCAUCGUAGACGGGGGGCAUAUGGAAUCGAAGGGCCAUGAGAACCGCUACCAAAGAGAGAGAGAGAGAGAGAGCGCAGGAAGCAAUUCAAGAAUGGAACGUUUUAUCCAUUUUAACGCAACGCCAUUUUGUAGUCAUCCCAAACCGGAAGCGAGGGGCCGAGCGAAUCACGACGCAUAUUCAACCAAUCUCUGCCAUUUCGCAAACCUACAAUAGCACCAAGCAAACACGGAGGGAGGCGAAACAUAGUAUAGACCGCGCAGCAGGACACAGGAUUUAGUAGAAAAUGAAUCAAACUUAAGAACCGUUACUCUCUCACCCGAACACCCGAACGCCACAACGGUCGGCACCCCCUUUAGGACAAGUCUAAGUGACAAAAUACAAAUCAAAUUGUGUUCGCCGAUCCUGUUGUUGGCCAGAAGAAGACGGUGCAAAGCCGAACCUCUCUCACCUACAAGCAGCAGAAGCCCAGUUACAAUAAUCCCCGAACCAACGGAAACAACAACAAGCCAUUAUACUGCCGUUAACAGAAAGGGAGAGUCACAAAACUGAAACAAACCUGGGGACGGAACGCCCCAGGAGUCCCCUGGAUUCGCGUGUUUAAUAUCUACCGUGAAGUCGUCUAUUUUGUUCUGGUGAUCAUUGAUCGCGUUGUAUGUCGCGGUGUGGUGUUGUUAUCAGUACUCUCUUAGGUGUGUUGUGUUUCCUGUUUACGUUUUCGCGCGCGAAAAAGCGAAACAAAAAUCGUUUAGAUAUUGCCCAUCAAUUAAUCGUAUAACAACAACAUUAACUGCCCGAUCGAAGAAGGUUCGGAGCUUGAGCAUCGAUGAUGCGGGAUGAUCGAGGAAUGAUCGAGGUUAAUCGAGCGAAACGCAUAAGUUUGUUAGAACAUUAUUUAUAAGAACAACAACGACACGACGAGGACGUGGUCGCCUUUUCGGAAGUUCGGAACGCGGACGUGCUUCAGUCCAUGGCGCAUUCACUGCGCGCGCGCGCGCGCAGCACAUCAAACAAACCGUAGACUAUAUUUUAUCGAACCUACAAACACAUUAAACAACAAUAAAAUAAUUAGCUACUUGGCGAC